CGCUCGUGGGCUCUCCGGGGGCGCGGAGCUCUCGCGCGCUCGUGGUUCCCGGCUUCCCCCGGCCCCAGGCGCGCGGGGUUGGAAAGCGCCCCCCGGACCCGGCGGAACCCCGCGGGGCAGCGUCUCGAACCCCGCCAUCCCCGCGAUCGGGAAGCCGCGAGACCCUAAUUCCCUGAAGCCACGGGGAAGCGCCCCAGGGCCCUAGUCCGCGCGCUGGCCCGGGCCCCGUUCUGGUUCCGCCCCGGCUCCGCGGGCGCGGAGGCCCCGACCCACCAGCAGGAAGGAGGAGGCGCGGCCGAGGGAGGGUCGUUCCCGGCAGCGCUGCGCGGGCCGGGCCGGCGGGCAGGAAGCACGGGGGAGGCGCGCGGGCGGGGGUCCCGCGGUCCGCAGCCGGGGCGGGGCGGGGCGUGCGCGUCAGUCCGGCUAGAAAAGGCGGCGCCCGGCCCGCCCGGGGACCGCGCUCGCCGUCGGCCCGACGCCGCCAUGAGCGCCGCGCUCUUCAGCCUGGACGGCCCGGCGCGCGGCGCGCCCUGGACUGCGGAGCCCGCCGCCUUCUACGAGCCCGGCCGCGCGGGGAAGCUGGGUCGCGGAGCCGAGCCGGCCGCGCCCGCCAUGUACGACGACGAGAGCGCUAUCGACUUCAGCGCCUACAUCGACUCCAUGGCCGCCGUGCCCACCCUGGAGCUGUGCCACGACGAGCUCUUCGCCGACCUCUUCAACAGCAACCACAAGGCGGGCGCCCUGGAGCUGCUGCCCGGGGGCCCCGCGCGCCCCGCGGGCCCCGGCCCCGCGCCGCGACUGCUCAAGCGCGAGCCCGACUGGGGCGACGGCGACGCGCCCGGCUCGCUGCUGCCCGCGCAGGUGGCCGCGUGCGCGCAGACGGUGGUGAGCCUGGCGGCCGCCGCGCAGCCCACGCCGCCCGCGUCGCCCGAGCCGCCGCGCCGCAGCCCCGCGCCCCCAGCUCCCGGGGCGGCGCGCGACAAGGCAGCGGGCAAGCGGGGCCCGGACCGCGGCAGCCCCGAGUACCGGCAGCGGCGGGAGCGUAACAACAUCGCCGUGCGCAAGAGCCGCGACAAGGCCAAGCGGCGCAACCAGGAGAUGCAGCAGAAGCUGGUGGAGCUUUCGGCCGAGAACGAGAAGCUACAGCAGCGCGUGGAGCAGCUCACGCGGGACCUGGCCGGCCUGCGGCGCUUCUUCAAGCAGCUGCCCGGCGCGCCCUUCUUGCCCGGCGCGGGGGCGGCGGACGCGCGGUGACGCGGGGGGCGUGCGGGCUGCGGCCGCAGUGCCUGGAACCGCCGGGCCGGACCCCCGGGCUGGGCCGGGACUCGGACAGCUGCCGCGUGGACCCUAAGUUACUGUGACGGCAGCUUCUCUGCAUCCUACGCCCGAGGAGGCAGCUAAGGUACAUUCGUAAAAGAGACUUUUCGGACAAACCUUUGUACUGUAGAUACGAGGAAAAGACUGAGCAUGCUCACUUUUUUAUACUGAUUUUUACAGUAUUUGUAAGAAUAAAGGCGUGUUAGACCCACCUUGAUUCCUGCGCUCGCGGCCCUCCGGACUGGCCGGGGAGGGCGCGUCUGGCUGGUGUGCGCCCCGGGGCCGGGUUCCUGGAAGACUGUCGCUUUGCUUCUCCGACAGGCCAAACUCCACCUGCGGACGUGCCGGUUAACUUGCUGAGCGAGACCCGCUCGGGUGGAAGGCGCCCCGGGAAUGUGUCGGAAACCGGCCGGAGCGGGUCUCACCUCGAGUGGGGGGCAGGGAGAGGAGGGCUCAGGUUAUCCGAAAACCAGUCCCACUCAUCUUGGCUUUCAUGGGAUUUACUUUCACUUUCCUCAGUCCUGUAGACAGCUUCAAGUAGAUUCUCAAAGUGCAUAAAGUACAGAAGUCAUAUAGGAGAUGGAAAGGACGGUCACAAAGCUACUUAAAAUCGGCUACCUUGCCGGUACUGGUAAUGUUUCAAAGCUUGAUCUGGACGAAUAAAUAAAGCCGUUGCCUUUCCCCCAUGAGAGUGGGUACUAGGCAGCCUUUCUUGGUCUUGGCUGCUACGUC